AUGUUGAAUAUACUAUUGCUUUUGCCUCCAUUCUCUCCUGAUAGAGCAGGCCUGCUCUUCUUGCUCACUGUCAUCCAAUGUAUCUCAAGCUUGACAGCCGGGGAGCUCUUCAUGAAUGACAGGGAUCACUUUCUACAUGAGUAUACCAGUGGAUACUACAGAGUGUCACCGUAUUUCCUUGGGAAAUUGCUGGCUGAGCUGGUACCCAGGAGGUUAUUACCAAGUAUUAUAUUUAGUGUUAUAGUAUUCAGCAUAGCAGGAGUAAACACAGAUGUGAUGGGUUUCUUCGCUAUGUUAUUUACCAUCAUGAUGUUGGCUUAUUCUGCCAGUUCUCUGUCACUGUCUAUAGGGGCAGGGGAUAAUGCAUUGGCUGUACCAACCCUAUCUGUGACCAUCUACUACGUAUUCAUGCUGUUCAUCUCAGGUAUGUCACUAUUUUAUACAAACUUGAUGAAGAACAUCUCCUGGAUUCAGUACUUCAACAUUCCUCAUUAUGGAUUUACAGCUUUGCAGCACAAUGAAUUCCUCGUACAAAACUUCUGUCUAGAACAUAACACAUCAGAAAUCAAUGGAUGUCAGACCUAUGUAAUAUGUACUGGUGAAGAAUUCUUGAUGAUCCAGGGCAUUGAUCUCUCAUCAUGGGGCUUCUGGAAGAAUCACGUGGCCUUAUCUUUUAUAAUGAUUAUCCUAUUAUCAAUUACCUACAUAAAGUUAUUACCUCCUAAGGAAAAGAACAUUUUUAAAUCUCUCUUCCACUUUCUUUGCACUAAAAUAACAUUAGAAAAAAAUUAAAACUCUACCUGUGGGUGGUCAUGUCAGAAGAGCAACAGGUGGCAUUAGAUUUCAGGAGUUUGGGCCACCAGAAUGCAAGGCACUGAUGGGUGAAUCUCUGAUAGGCAAGGCCCUGAGUGCUUUGGCCUCAGAAUGUCUCUUGCUACUGCUGUGCCUUUACAUGUUCGCUGCUGCCACUUUUCUCUUGUAACUG